AUGGUUGUCGUCCUCCCCUGCCUCUUCCUCGUCCUCGUCCUAUCGAGCCCACUCGGAAGCACCGCCGCCUACUCGGAGUACUCGUGCAAUGCCACCAUCGGAAACUACACGGCGAGCAACGCCUUCGGGGCCAACCUCGCGCGCCUCACCUCGGAGCUCGCUAUCAACGCCUCUACCUCUCCGUCGCUCUACACGUGCUCUAGCUGCCUCGACGACGCGUUCCGGCAACUGCGGCGGCUGUGCGCCGGCGACAGGAACGCCACUUUCUACCACGACCUCUGCACCGUCCGAUACUCCGGCGAGAACUUUCUGGCGCGGACCGACGACAACAGGCCGGUCAUAAACGCCAUGGACGCCAACGGGUCCACGUACGCCGACUGGGACAGCCGGAACGCGACGUCCCGGAGCUCCUUCCUGUCCCUGGUUGGCGCGCUGUUCUCGGAGAUGGCGCUGUACGCCGCGUACAACUCCUCGGUGCGUCGGUUCGCCAGCGCCGUCAUGUACAUCAACCCGCAGAUGCCGUUGGUGUACGGCCUCGCGCAGUGCACGCCGGACCUCUCCCCAGGACAGUGCGGACAAUGCUUCCACGGCCUCGGGGAGCAGAACAAGCAGUGGUACGACGGCCGCGAGGGCGGCCGAAUCCUCGGCGUCCGGUGCAACUUCCGGUACGAGGGCUACCACUUCUACGACGGCACAGCCAACGUCAGGAUCGGCUUGCCGGAUCACUCGCCUUCACCAACAGGCAAUGGUGAAAGCAAGCACAAGAAGAUCUUAGUAAUCGUUUUAUGUGCGUCUAUUACGGUGGUCUUUUUUAUGUUGGUAGGCUGCUUUCUGCUAAUCAGAAGACUAAGAAAAGGAGCCGGAGAGAUGAAAUUGGAACAAGCAGAGUCCAGGAGCAUCUCGAAAACAGAGGAGGCCCUGAUGCUCUGGAAGAUCGAAGAGAGCGGCUCGGAGUUCACGCUGUACGACUUCCCUGAGCUGGGUGCUGCUACCGACAACUUCUCUGAAGAUAACAAGCUCGGAACAGGCGGUUUCGGACCGGGCAUAUUGCCUGAUGGAACUGAGGUGGCGGUGAAGCGGCUCGGGGCGCAGUCAGGGCAGGGGUUUGUCGAGUUCAAGAACGAGAUCCAGCUUAUCGCCAAGCUGCAGCACACGAAUCUCGUCAAGCUCCUGGGUUGCUGUGUGCAGGAGGAAGAGAAGAUGCUCGUAUACGAGUACAUGUCCAACAGAAGCCUAGACUUUUUCAUUUUUGACGAAGAGCAAGGACGCUUGCUAGACUGGAAGAGACGACAUCAUAUUAUCGAAGGGAUCGCGCAGGGGCUCCUGUAUCUGCACAAGCACUCCCGGGUGCGCAUCAUCCACAGGGACAUGAAGGCCAGCAACAUACUUCUUGACCAAAGUCUUAACCCCAAGAUCUCGGACUUCGGCAUGGCCAGAAUCUUCGGUUCAAACGUAACGCAGGCGAACACCAAUAGGAUCGUCGGAACCUAUGGUUAUAUGGCACCUGAGUAUGCUUCUGAGGGCAUCUUCUCGGACAAAUCCGAUGUGUUUAGCUUUGGCGUGUUGCUGCUUGAGAUAGUGAGCGGCAAAAGGAACAGCGGCCAUGGCCAACACCACGGAAACUUUGUCAAUCUCCUCGGCUACGCCUGGCAGUUGUGGAGGGAAGGAAGAGGGUUCGAGCUAGUCGACCGGAAACCGAGCGACUUCGACGAGGUGACUAGCAUAUUACGAUGCAUCAAGGUGGCUCUGUUGUGCGUGCAGGACAAUGCCAUGGACCGGCCAACGAUGACGGAUGUAACAACGAUGCUGGGCAACUUGGGGGUGCGGCUGCCAGACCCGAGGCAACCGCCGCAUUUCCAGCUUAGAGUCGCCCGUGUUGAAGAAGAAGAUGUUUUGGGUGGAUCGGGGGCACGUGCAACUUCAACCCACUUCACAGACUCAUGCAGCACAAACGAUAUGACCAUCAGCACCAUCAAAGAAGGAAGGUAG